CCCGGCCCCGCCCCCGGCCACGACAUGAACCUUAGUCACAGGGCGAGCGCCCUCCUCGACAAGGACGGCGUCGAACACGGGGCGUCGGCGGACCCGAUGUCGCACCGCAUCAUCGAGAAGCGGCGGCGCGACCGCAUGAACAACUGCCUGGCGGACCUCUCGCGCCUCAUCCCGGCCGAGUACCUGAAGAAGGGGCGCGGCCGCAUCGAGAAGACGGAGAUCAUCGAGAUGGCCAUCCGCCACAUGAAGCACCUGCAAGCGCACGCCUGCCGCCACGCAGGAGUGCCUGUCCGAGGCAUGCACUUCAUGGUGGGAGGUGGAAGGCUUCUUCCCGGCGACCCGCUCUGCGUCCAGCUCAUCAACCACCUGCAGCGGCACCGUGAACGCAUCCUCAAGGUCUCCGCUUCCCCUGCACUGUCCUGCGAGUGUCGCACGAGGCAGACGAGCGGCCCCACUUGGCGGCGCGGGUCUCCUCUGCCCGUCUUCCGUGACUCACUGUUCCGCUCGACGCGCUGGGCUCGCAGGCGACCGGGCUCAACUUCCCGCGCACCGCACCUGGGCGAUGAGCGACCAGCUCGUCGGCAGCUCGUGUGGUCGGGCGCGGCCGGUCCGCUGGCGGAGGCGGCGGCGGCGAGAGGAGGAAGCGGCGGCGGCGGCCUGGGCAGCUCCGGGCUGGGCAGCGCGUCGGCCGUCCGCCUAGGGCUCCGGGGUCGUCGCCGGGCUCACCUGCAGGCGACUCUGGGCGCGCGGACCCGCGACCGGCGUGGGCGGGGGCGGCGGCGGCCGGCAGCGCUGGCCGGGCCCGCGGCGCCUCGCGCCCCUGGGCUGGCGCUGGCCGCGCGCCACGACGACUGCUACGAGGAGGGCGCGCCCGCCCCCGCCCCGCCCCCCGCCCCCCGCCCGCGCCCGCCCCGCCCUCGGCAGCAGCUGCGCGACAUGCUCACCAAAACGCCCCGCAGCCUUUGGCUUCGCUGGCAGGCAGCGGAGGGCUGGCGCCGGGCACGCCCGCAACCUGGGGCGGCACGUCCGUCAUCCCAAAACGGCUCCGCGCCGCCGCUGCCCACGCUAGUUACCAGCCCGCCCGCGUCGCCAGGCCCCGCCCCGACGGCGCCGCCGGGCCGCGCUCUAACAAGUUCAAGAAAAAAUCAAGACAGCGCUUCUCCGCGGAGCACCACCACUCCGGCGCGGGCGGGCCCUGGCGGGGGCGUGCGGCUGGCGCCUCGAGCGCCCAAAGCGGCGCGCUACGCCUCGGACGAGGACGGGCCCGGCGCCGCGGCGCAACCGUGCUAAGAAGAAGACAGGAAGAAGAAGAAGACAGGAAGAAGAAGGAGAAGACAAAGAAGCAGAAGAAGAAGGAGGAGGAGAAGAAGACAGGAAGGAGAAGAAGAAGACAGGAAGAAGGAGAAGAAGAAGACAGGAAGAAGGAGAAGAAGAAGACAGGAAGAAGGAGAAGAAGACAAAGAAGCAGAAGAAGAAGGAGGAGGAGAAGAAGAAGAUAAGAAGGAGGAGAAGGAGAAGAAGACAAAGAAGCAGAAGAAGAAGGAGGAGGAGAAGAAGAAGAUAAGAAGGAGGAGGAGGAGAAGUCAGGAAGAAGGAGAAGAAGACAGGAGGAUGAGAAGAAGAAGACAGGAAGAAGAAGAAGGAGGAGGAGAAGAAGAUAAGAAGAAGGAGGAGGAUAAGUCAGGAAGAAGGAGAAGAAGAAGACAGGAGGAUGAGAAGAAGAAGACAGGAAGAAGAAGAAGAAGAAGAAGGAGGAGGAGGAGGAGGAGAAGACAAGAAGAAGACAGGAAGAAGAAGGAGAAGACAAAGAAGCAGAAGAAGGAGAAGAAGAAGAAGGAGGAGGAGAAGACAGGAAGAAGGAGAAGAAUAAGACAGGAAGAAGGAGAAGAGGAAGACGGGAAGAAGAAGAAGGGGGAGGAGAAGAAGAAGAAGAAUGAGAAGGAGGAGAAGGAGGAGGAGAAGAAGACAGGAAGAAGAAGAAGGAGAAGAAGAAGGAUACGAAGAAGAAGAAGGAGAAGACAGGAAGGAGAAGAAGACAGGAAGAAGAAGAAGAAGAAGAAGAAGAAGAAGAAGAAGGAGGAGGAGGAGGAGGAGGAGGAGGAGGAGGAGGAGGAGAAGGAAGAUGAGAAGAAGACAGGAAGAACAAGAAGAAGAAUUAAUUCUAACGCUUUUGAGGUAAGUAAAUCGGGUCAAUUACCAGAACAUGUAGGCCUGCAGUCACUUUUACCAGACAUUGAAACGCGAGUGUAACCUCAGUAAGUAUUAAAAACAUUUUUAUUUAAUCGCUUUUUAUAUACAAUGAUUUUGGGAAUUUAAAAAUACUACAUUAGAGUAGUGCCGUAUUAAAACGGGCUCGGGACCAAGGCCCUCAUUGGUGAACAUCCCCGACAGCUCUUAAAAAAAAUUAAUACAAUUUUUUUUUGA